UCACUCAAAGCCAAAGAUGUUGACCAGAAAGAUUAAACUCUGGGACAUAAACGCCCACAUCACCUGCCGCCUAUGCAGCGGAUAUCUCAUCGACGCGACCACGGUGACCGAGUGUCUGCACACGUUCUGUCGGAGUUGCCUGGUCAAGUAUUUGGAAGAGAAUAACACCUGCCCCACGUGUAGGAUUGUGAUCCACCAGAGUCACCCGCUACAGUACAUUGGUCAUGACAGAACCAUGCAGGACAUUGUUUACAAACUGGUUCCAGGCCUUCAGGAAGCGGAAAUGAGAAAACAGAGGGAAUUCUACCACAAGUUAGGCAUGGAAGUGCCUGGAGAUAUCAAGGGGGAGACCUGUUCUGCAAAACAGCACCUAGACCCCCAUCGGAACGGUGAAACCAAAGCAGAUGACAGUUCGAACAAAGAAGCAGCAGAAGAGAAGCAGGAAGAGGACAAUGACUACCACAGAAGUGACGAGCAGGUGAGCAUCUGCCUGGAGUGCAACAGCAGCAAACUGCGGGGCUUGAAACGCAAGUGGAUCCGCUGCUCGGCCCAGGCAACAGUGCUGCACCUGAAGAAGUUCAUCGCCAAAAAACUUAACCUUUCAUCUUUCAAUGAGCUGGACAUUUUAUGCAACGAGGAAAUCCUGGGCAAGGACCACACGCUCAAAUUUGUGGUUGUCACGAGAUGGAGAUUCAAGAAGGCCCCGCUCCUGCUGCACUACAGACCCAAGAUGGACCUGCUCUGAGCUCGGCCCCGGGCCAGGCCCCGCUGCCCCGCCGAGUCACCUGCAGUGUCGUGGGGACCAGAUUUCUGAAUAGAGAGUAUUUAUAACUUUUGUAUGAGAGAAUUCACACUCAGCAAGACACUACCAGCACCACGGUUACAAGACGACGAGACACUUCACAGUCUCAGCGGCCGAAGGGCGCCCCUCACAGACCAGAUGGUAAACAGAGUGGCCACACGGCCUGUGCUUGCUCUCCAGGCCUUGAAGAUCUGGUCCUUUCCGUUUCGUUUCUGAAUUAGGGUUCACGAUAAGCCUCAAAAAUACUUGUACGUUUACUGAACCCUUCCUAAGUUAUUGAAAAAUAUCUCUUCAUGGUGAAUGACAAUAUUUAUGUUGCCUUUAGCUUCCUGAAGACUUAGAAGGUAUAUAAAGGGUUAAUUUAAAAGCAUUCCAUUAAUACUAUGAGUUAGCCACAGUAUUUACUUUUCCACGUUGGGAACCAUGAAAAGCCGGCAGCUCCCCUGCCUCGGCCCCUGCCUGGCCCCUACUCUGGGCUCCGAGGCUGCACUGGGGCCAGUGGCCCUGAGGCG